AUGGCGCGUCCAAUUGAGUUUGUGAGGGAUAUCAAUGACUCAAAGGACCUCUGGAAGAUUUCUGUUAGGUGCAAACAUAUUUGGUCAGUCACAAGUGCUUCAAAGAAGGAACACAUUGAAAUGAUUCUAGUGGAUUCCAAGGGAUCUAUGAUUCAAGCUGUUGUACCCCCGUACUUGGUUACCAAGUUCAAGGAAUAUCUCUCUCAUGGUUGUUCAUACGUAAUGCAGAAUUUUAAAGUAGGUUCCAAUGACUUCUCUUUUAAGUCCACUGGUCAUAAACACAAGCUGGUGUUCUGUGGAUCUACUUCCGUAAAGAAAACAGACAACCCAGAAAUUCCUGUUAAUUUUCUCAAUCUUCUUAGUUUGGCUGACAUUGUGGAUGGAAAGUUCCAUGCAAAUAUUUUAGUUGGUAACAAUCUUCUUGGACUAAUUCAUGCUCUUGGUGGAGUUGUAGAGAUUACUCAAUCCCAUGUCAGUUCUGAUAAUAGCAAGAGCAAAGUUGUUUCUUCAUUUACUAAUAACAGUUUUAAAGGUGAUUUUCCAAAGUUGUCAGAUUCAAGUGUGCAAGUUACUGUAUCACAGAAUUCAUACUACUCAGACUUCGAUAAGUUUGUAUGGAAAGCUGAUAUAUUAAGUCUUGUAGAAAUAGGGAGUUUGCAACAGGAAACUACAUGUGUAACUGUUGCGACGCUGGAUAAAUUUGAUGUUGGCCAAGCUGGAUGGUUUAAACUCGAAAUACUGGCUGUUGACGGUAAAUGCAAGGCAAAGUUUAUUUUUUGGGACGUCGAUUGUGUUAAGUUGGUUGGCAAAUCCGCUGUUGAGAUAAUAAAUGGUCUAAAAAAGGCUGGUGAAUAUGAUCCGCUUGAAUUUCCUUACGAACUUGAUUCAAUAUUGAAGCGGGAGUUGGCUAUCAGAGCUGUAUUCCAGCCCAAAAAUGGACGCCUCUCCGUGAUUGGUUUCAGAGAUGACCAGGAAACCCGUAAUAGAGUUAAGGAAAAUUUUAGGGCAGAAGAGGUAAUGAGAAAUUGA